AUGGCUAGCAGGUCUGUGCCCCCCGGACGCCAGGAGGAGGAUACUACCAAAGACCCUGGGCUGAAACUAUCACCGGUGAGGCCUCCGGGCCACCUGCCCAGUAUAGAAGAGACCCGACUACCAGGUCUGGGCCCAGCCUCCCGCCGUGGCUCUGUGCUGGGCCCGGCCUCGUCCUUCUCACGCCGCAACUCGCUGGCCGCACCAGGCGCAGGUCCUGGGGGUCGUCGACCAUCUCUGGGCCCAGUUCCUCUUCUAGGUUCAAGGGUUAGCUUCUCCGGGUUGCCCCUAGCACCCGUGCAUCGGGUGGCGCCCUCCUACCGCACAGAGCCAGCACCAGGGGAGCGCUGGGAGGCCUCACCUUUACAACGCGCCCUGCAGGCAGCGCUGGAGGCGAGGCUGCGCAAUGCGUGCUACUCAGGGGCAGAGGCCGGGCCUCUGGCUCAGGAGCUGUGUGAUCUGGUACGUGUGUGCCUGCGUGAGAUCAGUCCCCCGCGCUACAAGCUAGUGUGCAGCGUGGUGCUGGGGCCGCGCGCCAGCCAGGGUGUGCACGUGGUCAGCCGCGCACUCUGGGACACGGAACGCGAUGGGUUGGCCUCUGCCGCCUUCACCAACGCCUCGCUCUUCGCCGUGGCCGUGGUCCACGGGCUCUACUAUGAGUGA